CUGAAAAUGCCCGGGUGAAAGACCUGGAGGCUGAAAACCAACGGCUGGAGAAGCUGAGGGCUGAAAAAGCUGCUCUCAAAAAGCAGAUCACCAUGAAAAAUAUUUCCUGGGGAGAAGAGAGGAAGAAGAUGGUCGAGAAGUUGGAGUCUUCUGCCUCACUUCUGUUGAAGUCCAAAGACGACCUGACCAGCUUGAUUCAGCCCGUGGAGUCUGAAAAAGCCAAAAAGAAGGAGCUGGAGAAGGAGCUCAGAAACAUGAACAUGAGCUUUAAAGUAAAAGAGGAAGAGGUCGUCUCCCUCUUUAAAGUAAAAGAGGAAGAGGUCGUCUCCCCGAAUGCAGACCUGAAGCUCCAGCAGGACAAGCUGCAGCACUACAUCCUCAAAAAUGAGGGCAGGUCCGAGGAAAUAGAGGAGCUGCAAAAAAAAAUUAGAGAUGAAAGGAGGUCCACCGAGCACGAGGAGUCCCUAGAAAAGGAAAUCAAGCUGGAGGACGCCAUCAAACUCCUGAUCUAGCAGAACAUUGUGCUUCAGGAACAGGUCUUGAAGACCGACAGCUACAAGGAGAGGGUCAAGAAGGAGAAAGAGGAGAAGAAAGAAAGGAAGAAGAGCGAGAAGGAGGAGAAGAUGGAGAAGAAAGAAAGGAAGAAGGAGGAGAAGAUGAAAAAGAAAGAA